AUGACCGACUACCGCGAACUAUUGGAGGCUAUCUACGGUAAUCUCAGCAAACUUCACGGAUUGAUCAAAGACAAUGAGCAAAACCUUCGUGUUGUUGACAAAGCCGACUCUCUGAUGGAAGAUGCGAAAAGUGAUCUUCUCUAUCUCAAUGACUGCAUCUACAGUGACAUGACCAGACCUUCUAACACUUCGGCAUCUCCUCCUGGUAGUGACGUCGGACACAACCAGCAACAGAACACCAAACAGCCCCCUGUGACUGGCGAGUUGGAAGAGGAGAUACUCUAA